AUGGCUGCUUAUCCAGCCCCAAGCCCUUCGGACCACCCAGUCGAAAAGUGCUACGGAAAAACGCUUCAAAAGAGCACCGCUGCCACGCAACACACUACGGGGAAAAUCGUGAGGAAUAAUUCACAUGGAUGGGGGACAAGUCAAGCCCACCUGACAAGAAGACGCCUCCUCCUUGGUGGAUGGCCGCGAGAAGAACUAAGCUGCUCGAGCUCAUCGAUGAACGAAUCGAGGCAGGCAAGAUACAACACACGGCAUGAAAGUGGAUCCGGCCCGGGCCAAGUUCAACAAAUCCAUCGGCGCGAAUCUGAAGCUCAUCCAGCUCCAGAACCAGCGGGCGUGUACAUCCGGGAUGUCUUCUUGAACUCCCGCAUUCUGAGGCACCAGCCCGGCUUUACCUGGGACUCGAAAAGCUCGACUCUGGCCGCCGACUAG